GUGUAUGCGAUAUAGCUUUCCUUGUUUGAAAGCGGCAGCGUGCAGUGCGCAGGUCAGCAAGUAUGCGCCAACUCAGAAUUGUUAUCUCGUUUUGUCAAGUUCAUAUGAUAAUUAAAUAGCCCAAAUGCGCUCUACCGGAUUGUAAUGUUCCUGCGUUCGAUAGAGCAGCGUUUCUUUAAAGCCGAUUGAGGGCUCUGGAAGCACCGCAGCCCUGCGGAUUCACAGGCAUGUCUUCUUGGAUACCUUAGAAUGGUCACAUCAAACCACAGCUGGCUGGGACUGCUGUGUGUGGGAGCAGCUGCUGUGUUGCUCUUCGCGUUGGCAGAUUACAUCCGCGUAAACAGCAGCGAUGGUCCAUUACCAGAGAAGUCAUUAUGGGCAUUGAAGGCGGAGUGGGACGUCGGGCUCGGCAAUACAGUUGCUGCAUUCGGCAUCGCACUCGCGGCGCUUGGCGCGCUUGCGGCAGGGCGCGUACCGCGCGCCAGCACGAGUACCUGCCCCGCCCACGUUUGCAACAGCGCCUGCAGUCCUGGCAGCGCCUGCCUAAGUCCUGGCAGUAGUCCGUGUGCAGCGCCCGCGCCCGCGGACGCGGCGACUCGCAACGCCGUGCAGCAGCCCCCGUACCGGCGCCAAGUCCGGCGACGCACCUACUAUGCGCGUAUCCCCGGCUAUGAGCCAUCCCAAAUUACCCCUGGAUACGUUCAGCGCCUGGCGGUCCUGCUGCAUGCCUGGGACCGCGCCCGCAAUGGCGCCAGCAGUGGUGCCGCCCCGAAAAGGGUGCGGCACCUGGCAUCCGUGGCCGUGCGGGCGGGCUCCGUGGAGAUCAUCAUGGAGGAGGAGGAGUGGGGCAGCGGCGUGGAGGGAGACGAGCUCAGCACAGGAGGCAGCGGUCUGAGCGACACGUUGCUGUUGGAGGAGCAGACCGCCGCCGCUGCUGCCGCCUCCGAGGAUGCUGCGGCGGCCCUGGCGGCAUGCGUCGAUGCGCAGGCGGUGCUGUUGACACCUGCACAUGCACCUGCGGCCCCGGGUGGUUCCGCUGCCAGCAGCAGUGCGCGCAGUGGCGACGGCGGCGGCCGCGGCCGGCCCUCCCUUUUGGAUAUCAUGGCGGCGCUGCAGCUGCCUGGCCAGCCCAGGUCGUCCGACGGCGUAAUCAGCGACGGCGGUGGGGGCCGCUGUGCCGGUCACGAGGGCGGCGCCAGUGCCAGUGCCGCUGCGGCCGCCGUUGCCGCGGUGCCAGACACGCCGGGUGUGAUGGUAUUCCUCGACGAGCAUGCAGCAAGGCCCGGUGCGGGUGGUGCGGUGGCUGCGGAGCUCACCGUUGGCGUGCUGCCCUGCUGCCCACACAGCGGUGACACAGCAGCCGCCGGGAGUGCUGGUGACAUUGCUGGGGCCGUACCGCGGGCUGCCGAGGGCCACGGCGCAACUGGCUCGGGCGCUCAGUUCCGCAGCUGGCGGCUCCAGGUGCAGGCCUCCUCGCUGCAGCCCCGGGUCCUGCACGUGCCCCCACCGCAGCACCCGCACCAGCACCAGGGCGGGCGCCACGACGGCAGCGCGCAGCCGCAGCAAGGCGACUCGUGCCCGGAUGCGGGCCGAGGCAGCAGCAGCGAUGCCGCUGCAGUGGUGGCAGCCUCGGACCACCUGCAGGCAGCUGCUGGCGUCAGACCACGCGGUACGCUAGCUAUGCGUGCAUCUUUUACCGUGACCGCAACGCCGGUUCUGCUCCCAGUUUCCCCGGCUGCAGCAGCAGAGACUUUGAGCCUGCCGGCAGCUAGUGAGGACACCGCCGCAAGUGCUUCCGUGGAUGUGCCGCCCAAGCUAUCGCAAUCGGCGCAGUCGGGUAGCGACCGACCCGUCGAGGCAUUGAGGCUGCAGCCGCAGGCCCCGCCACCGCUUGAGGUUUUGUUCCGGUGCCGCAACAAGUAUCUGCCAAUUCGGCUGUGCUCGUGGCGCUUAGGUGGCGACGGCAACAGUUACAGCAACAACAACAGCGGGAAAGCAGCUUCAGAACCCGCUGUUGACGGUGCUGCUGGGUCUGAUAGCGCUGCAAGUCGCCAGGGGAGUGUGCCUCACGCAGCCGGCUCAGGCGGCUGUAUGGUGGAGUGGGCGCCGCCGAGGUCGCGGGACCCUGGCGUCGGCCUGCGGCUGCAGCCAGCAGCCGCUCAGCCGCCGACAGGCGUGCCGGGGGCUCCAGCCGCUGGCAAUGACGUAGCCAAUUCCGGUGUGGGUGCCAGCGAUGCGGGAGUGGAGCCGCAAUCAGAGCUGCAGCCGCUGCAGCACAGGCAGCUGCAGGUGGAGGUGGAGGUGGACGCAACAGAGCUGCAGCUUCUGCCGGGACUGGCGCUGAUGAGUGCGGCUUGGGCUGGGGCCCGUCUGUUGCGUGGGGAAGGCGCCUCACUGCACACUAACAGUGCAAUCCGUUGUGUGAUUACGGUAUCUGGCAGAGCACUGUCCUGACCUCUCCCGCCUUUCACAGCUGGACGUACGUUGC